AGGAAAGGUUCCAAGUCUAUCAAUGGUGAGAUAAGAGCAGAUCGAUGUCAACAAACAUAUUGGGAACAGCAGUUGGCGGCAUGGGAAAGAGUUUUCAACGAAAGCUUCUCAAAGGGAGGUCACUGCAUACGUCGUCGUUGUUCAUGAUCGAUAUCAUACUAUAUAUAUAAAUAGUAGAUAACAUAGCCUUACAGAAUCAGAUAUUCAGAUCAUAGGAUCGAUCUCUAUCUCUGUCACAGUCACACUGUAUUCUUGGUGAUCGAGCCACCUCCUCCUUAAUCUUCAAAAGAGAUAAUACACGUAGUAAAAAAUGAGCUCUGCAAGUACUGCAAAUGAAGACUGCCUUGGAUGGGCCGCAAGGGAUGCAUCUGGAGUUCUCUCACCUUACAAAUUCACCCGAAGGGCUGUUGGAAGAGACGACGUUUCUAUAAAAAUCACUCACUGUGGAAUCUGUUAUGGCGAUGUAGUUUGGACCAGGAACAAACAUGGAGACUCCAAGUAUCCUGUAGUGCCUGGGCAUGAGAUUGCUGGGAUUGUGAAAGAGGUUGGCACCAACGUCCAUCGUUUCAAAGCAGGUGACCAUGUUGGGGUGGGAACUUAUGUUAACUCUUGCAGAGAUUGUGAGUUCUGUAACAAAGAGCUAGAAGUUCAUUGUGCAAAGGGAGCUGUUUUGACUUUUAACAGCAUUGAUGUGGAUGGUAAAAUUACCAAAGGAGGAUUCUCCGACUACAUUGUUGUCCACGAAAGGUACUGCUUUACUAUUCCUGACAGCUAUCCACUGGCUUCAGCAGCGCCAUUGCUUUGUGCUGGAAUUACUGUUUAUGCUCCAAUGAUGCGCCAUAAGAUGAAUGAACCUGGUAAAUCUCUUGGAGUGAUUGGCCUUGGUGGUCUCGGUCACAUGGCAGUGAAGUUUGGGAAAGCUUUUGGUUUGAAUGUUACGGUUUUCAGCACAAGCAUAUCCAAGAAAGAGGAAGCCUUGAGUCUUCUUGGUGCAGACAAAUUUGUGGUUUCAUCUGACCAUGAGGAGAUGGCGGCCUUGGUUAAGUCGCUUGACUUUAUAAUUGACACUGCGUCUGGUAAACACCCACUUGAUCCAUACAUAUCAAUCUUAAAGACUACCGGUGUUCUGGUUGUAGUGUGCGCACCGAGUGAACUCAAGUUCAACCCUUUGGGCCUUUUAACAGAAAUGAGAAGCAUUGCUGGUAGUGGAGUUGGAGGUACUAAAGACAUACAGGAAAUGUUGAAUUUCUGUGGUGCUCACAAAAUAUAUCCUCAGAUCGAACAAGUUCCGAUUCAAUACGCAAAUGAAGCUCUUGAUAGGCUGAUAAAUAAAGAUGUCAAGUACAGGUUCGUGAUUGACAUUGAAAACUCCCUCAAAUGAGGUCGACACCCCAUCCCAUGAAUGAAGAAAAAACAUCUUGAAAUAAAGCUGCAGGUGUCGGAAUGAUUUUGAAAUAAGCAGCAAGUGGGUUGUGUCUAUGGACUUUCUCUCUCUGUCGGUGAUUAAAGUGUUUUUAUUUUAUGUAACUUUAUUAAUUGCAUGGGAAUUUCAGACAGUCGAUCUUCUCAUUUUUAUUUUAUGCAUCUUUUAUCAGUAGUGUGGAAUUUCAGAUA